CCAUUCAUUCGUUUUCUGUACGUUAGCAUCGUAUGCACCGGAUUUUUGUUGGAUUUUAACGCCAAAACGCCAAACUACCGUGCCUUUCAAGUCGAGAAGUCGAAAUGAUGGACCCAAUGAAGAGACCGGCCGACAUGGCCAUUGUAGCAGCUGAUGUGAAACGGCCCCGGACCGAGCUUAUAGCCGCUGCUCAAACACAGCAACUCGUGGCUACGGGCCCACCACGCACAUCAAGCCUGCAAGCGCCCAUCAUGCUCAUGUCAGGCCAUGAGGGUGAGGUCUACUGCUGCAAAUUCCAUCCCAACGGAGCAACUCUGGCCUCAUCGGGAUUCGACAGGCUUAUUUUAAUGUGGAACGUGUAUGGUGAUUGUGAAAAUUUUGCCACGCUCAAGGGUCACAGUGGAGCAGUGAUGGAGCUGCAUUACAACACUGAUGGAAGUAUACUGUUCUCUGCGAGCACAGACAAGACUGUUGGUGUGUGGGACAGUGAAACAGGUGAGAGGGUCAAGCGUCUAAAGGGCCACACUUCUUUCGUCAACACCUGCUACCCAGCUCGCAGAGGCCCCCAGCUGGUGUGUACUGGGAGUGACGACGGAACUGUCAAGCUUUGGGACAUCAGGAAGAAAGGAGCCAUUCACACUUUCCAUAACACCUACCAAGUGCUCGCCGUCACCUUUAAUGACACCAGUGAUCAGAUUCUGUCCGGAGGCAUCGACAAUGACAUCAAGGUCUGGGACCUGAGGCAGAACAAGCUCAUCUAUAAUAUGCACGGACAUGGAGACUCAGUCACGGGACUCAGUUUAAGCUCGGAGGGCUCCUACCUUCUUUCCAACUCCAUGGAUAACACAGUGCGUAUCUGGGACGUCAGACCGUUCGCGCCCAAGGAAAGGUGUGUGAAGAUCUUCCAGGGAAAUGUCCACAACUUUGAAAAGAAUUUACUACGAUGCUCAUGGUCUACUGACGGGAGCAAGGUGGCUGCAGGCUCUGCCGACAGAUUUGUCUAUGUUUGGGACACCACAUCUCGCAGAAUUCUCUACAAACUUCCGGGCCACGCUGGGUCUGUGAACGAAGUUGUCUUUCACCCAAAUGAGCCAGUCGUGCUCUCUGGUGGCAGUGACAAGCGGCUCUACAUGGGAGAAAUUCAGUAGCCUGUAUGAUCUGUGGUGUCUGUUUUUUUUUUUUUUUUAAUGAAUCCUUGGAAAUCUGAUGAGUGAUUUGUAAACUCAGUAAUUUCAGUUCGCUCCGCUCAUUCAUGACAACCAUCCAAAGUUUUGAUUUUGUAACUUUUUAAUAAAUUUUUUAACAUCUGAAAACACUCUGGAUAAUCAAGUUCUUACAUGCGUGUCUUUCAUCACUUUGAUUCGCUUUCUGAAGACCCUUUGUCAUCUUGGUGUGCGCUUUAUUUCCUCCCGAUUAUACAGUCACAGCUGCAGUGGUGCUCGAUGGCACAGAUGUUACAGUCUUCUCUCUUGUCAACUUUUCCCCUUCUGACCCUUGUGAUAGACAAGAUCUCAAGCAUUCAUGCCUGAGUGAGUACGUCGCCAAAGCUAAACCACUACCAUGGUUGAAUUUGAAACUGCAAAAAGGUUUUUAUAUUGUUAGAUUAUUUUUCUGUAGCACUUUUCUGUGUCAUUGUCAUAUUGGGAUAUGCAUUGUCACUAGAUUCCUGCCAAUACACAGCCCCAAAUGUAAUUCAAUAUCACAUAUAAUGAUCCUAUUUCUAAAUUAUAUAUAGUAAACUCUACCACAUUGAUCACUGCGACUUCAAUUUG